AUGAAAGCAUCUCUGCUCCUCUCCCUCGCCAUAAGCGGCAUAUCCGCCCUCCCUUCCAACAAACCCCCUCAAAACGAAGCAGGCGCAGUCUUUGCCAUGACAAACGUAGCGUCCGACAACAAAGUCAUCGCCUUCUCACGCUCCUCAGCCGGAAUCCUCACCCAAGUCGGCGAGUAUUCUACCGGAGGACGCGGCCAAGGCGUCGACUUCGACACACAGGGUGGUCUGACGCUAGGCCCUGACCAUAAAUUCCUUUAUGCUGUGAACCCAGCGGAUGAUCUUGUGACUGUCUUCUCCGUCAAGGGGUCUAGUCUGUCUAAAGUUCAGACAGUUUACGCCGGCGACCAGCCAUUGAGUAUCAGCGUCAGCAGAAACGGGUAUGCUUAUGUUCUUGACGGAUCUGUGGCUUCCACUGGCAUUUUUGGCUUCAAAAUCAAUUCUCGGGAUGGCACGCUGUCACCCUUGACGAACAAAACUAUCCCGUUGAGCUCACCGAUUGGCGUUCCUGGGGUGGUUGUUUUUGCCCCCGACGGAAAGUCACUGGUCGUUACCAAUAAAGUCGGCAGCACGCUCGAUGUUUUUGCCGUCGACGAGAACGGCCUUGCUAGUGCUUCGCCCAUGACGACAAUUGCAUCAAGUGGCAUUCGACCCUUUGCAGCGACCUUCCACAACGAAAUUCUCUACGUUAUCGAGUCGGGUCUCCCGUCCUUGAAGAACGCAGCCCUCUCAACAUACCGCUUAAACAGUGGGAAGACGCCCAGCCUAACAGCCUUGACGAAAGCCGAGCGAAAUGAACAGACUGACGGAUGUUGGGUUGUCGUCACUCCAGAUGGCAAGUGGGCAUACACUGCGAACUUUGUGUCUGGCUCCAUUUCAAGCUACCGUCUUGCUAGCAACGGGACUGCCUCGUUGAUUAAUGGAGCUGCUGCUUUGCCGGGCGGUGAGGGCAGCGAGCCUGUGGACUUGGCGCUGAGUGCUGAUGGGAAAUAUCUGUACAAUCUGCUGAGAGGAACGGGUGCUGUUGCUGGUUUCGAGAUUCAGGCUGACGGGUCGUUGAAGCAGGUUGGCGAACUGGUUGGUAAGGGCAAGGGGUUGCCUGCUAUGGAUGGAGCAUCUGGUCUUGCGGGAUAUUAA